AUGGCAACCACAACUAAUGCAUCGUCAACAACUAUAAACAAACUUAUUAAUAAUAAUGAACAAAUUGCCAAUGAAUUAAUACCAAGUCCUCAUAGGUUUAAUCAAAACACCGGCAACAAAUUCUCAUUUCAAGAUAGCAUUAAUAGAAGAGUGGCGACAAUGAAUUCAAAUGGUGACAGUAUAAAAAAUUUUACAUUUUACAUUAUGAAUCCUAAAGAUUUACGAGACGACCAUCCAGUCUUGCAUUACUUUUAUCUUUGCACAUUGGUAGUCGGCGCGUUCGUAUCUUUGUUCAUUAUACCUGUAGUCUUUGCUAUGCUGGCAGCAAUUGGUGGUAUUUGUACACCAUUUAUUUUAUCAAUCUUUGGAAGUUUUUUUGCUCUUUCUAAUGGUGGCAGUGAUUUAGUGGAAAUUACUAAAUUACAAAUUCUUCAAUUUAUUAAUGAUACUUCUUCAUAA